AUGGACAAACUGACAGAGGACGUGAAACAGCUGAUCUACAUGAACAAGGGAGUUGAGGACCAACUUCAACUGAUCGAUCACCUGCGGCAGCUUGGGGUGGCGUAUCACUUUAAGGAGGAUAUUAAGGAUGCUUUAUGGACUAUAUACGGUUCCAUGGAAGACGUGAACAUGUUGCUGAAGGAUAAUCUUCAAGCCACGGCUCUUAUGUUCAGGCUUCUCAGAGAACAUGGGUUUGCUGUUUCUGAAGGUGUAUUCUACCGAUUUAUGGAUGAGAAGGGAAACUUGAAAGCCAUCCUUCGCCACCAGACUGAAGAAUUGGUGAGCUUGUACGAGGCUUCCCAUCUUGCAAAGGAAGGAGAGCACGUGCUGGAAGAAGCUACGAACUUCACAACUAAACAGCUCAAGAGCCUCAUGGAUGGAUCACUUGAGCCUCAUCUCAGGGAGCACGCACAUCAGGUGGAGGAGGAUAACGCAAGAAGGAUGGACAAACUGACAGAGGACGUGAAACAGCUGAUCUACAUGAAGAAGGGAAUUGAGGACCAACUUCAACUGAUCGAUUACCUGCGGCAGCUUGGGGUGGCGUAUCACUUUAAGGAGGAUAUUAAGGAUGCUUUAUGGACUAUAUACGGUUCCAUGGAAGAGGUGAGCAUGUUGCUGAAGGAUAAUCUUCAUGCCACGGCUCUUAUGUUCAGGCUUCUCAGAGAACAUGGGUUUGCUGUUUCUGAAGGUGAUUAA